UUGCUCUAUUAUUUGUCACGUACCGUCGUGGGACUGGUGGUUUUCUCUGUUUUUGUAUUUCCUUCCCUUUGUUCAUGUGUAUUAAACAAGUGAUUGUUUGGCCUGAAACCUCUUCCUUCAAAAGCAAUAUUUUAUGUUUAAUAAUCAUCUCCUUUCCUUUCUCUCCAUUUGUUAUCUGCGUGUCAGAAUACAAGAAGAAGAGCCAGCCAUAAGGGGAAAAAGCUUUAGCCUUUAACUAAUCAUAGCACAGAAAAAAGUGAGCCAAAAAAAAAAAAAAAACUGAGAUUGGUUUUAGAGAAAUGAAUGGUCUCUCACAUCUUGAACCGGAUUACUCUGAGUUUGUUGAAGUAGAUCCAACUGGCAGAUAUGGCAGAUACAAUGAAAUCCUAGGCAAAGGAGCUUCAAAGACAGUAUACAGAGCAUUUGAUGAGUAUGAUGGGAUUGAAGUUGCUUGGAACCAGGUCAAGCUUUAUGAUUUUCUUCAAAGUCCUGAAGAUCUUGAGAGGCUGUACUGUGAAAUUCACCUCCUCAAGACACUGAAGCACAAGAACAUUAUGAAGUUUUACACUUCUUGGGUUGAUACUUCAAAAAGAAACAUCAAUUUUGUCACUGAAAUGUUCACUUCUGGGACUCUUAAACAGUACAGGCUAAAGCACAAGAGAGUUAACAUCAGAGCUGUGAAGCAUUGGUGUAGGCAGAUCUUGGGAGGGCUUUUGUAUCUGCAUAGCCAUGACCCUCCUGUGAUUCAUAGAGAUCUCAAAUGUGACAACAUCUUUGUUAAUGGAAAUCAAGGGGAAGUGAAGAUUGGUGAUCUUGGUUUAGCAGCGAUCUUAAGGAAAUCACAACAUGCUGCCCACUGUGUUGUAGGGACACCAGAGUUCAUGGCACCAGAAGUGUAUGAAGAGGCAUAUAAUGAGUUAGUUGACAUAUAUUCGUUUGGGAUGUGCGUUUUGGAAAUGGUGACUUUUGAAUAUCCUUAUAGUGAAUGCACUCAUCCUGCUCAGAUCUACAAGAAAGUUGUAUCAGGGAAAAAACCAGAUGCUUUGUACAAAGUGAAAGAUCCGGAAGUAAGGAAGUUUGUUGAGAAAUGCUUGGCAACUGCAUCUGUGAGGCACUCCGCAAUUGAGCUUUUGAACGAUGAUUUUCUCCGAAUAGAUGAAGGUGAAUAUGAUUUGAGACCAGUGAAUUACGGCAGGCAGCUUGAUGACAUUGAUCCUCUUGUAAGGCAGCCUCUUUACGAGGUUCAUCAAAGCAACAGUUCGUUUAGUAAUGAAUACUCGAAUGGUUAUGGUUUCGAUUCCCAAAACGAAUGGGGGUAUCAUCCUUUUGAGGUUGAAUCAAGUGGAAUAGAACUCUUUGAGCAUCAUGAUGAUGAUGAACAUGGUGAAGAUGUGGACAUAAGUAUUAGAGGGAAGAGAAAAGAAGAAGAUGGUAGCAUCAUUCUGAGACUUAGAAUUGCAGAUAAAGAAGGACAUAUUAGGAAGAUUUAUUUCCCAUUUGACAUUGAGACAGACACAGCACUAAGUGUUGCAACUGAAAUGGUGGCAGAGUUGGAUAUCACUGAUCAUGAUGUAACCGAAAUAGCAGAUAUGAUUGAUGGGGAAAUUGCUUCCUUGGUACCUGAUUGGCAGUCGGGGCCAGGAAUAGUGGAAUCACCGCGUUUUUCCAAUCAAAAAUUUUGUCACAAUUGUGUAUCCAACCACACCUCUAGUGGUUCCUUCAUGGAGUUUCUGUCUAAUAACCCAGGAGCUACUCAAGAUUGUACGCAUGGAUGUGCUUCAAUGCAUGGUCGUUUUGAGGAGAUUACAUAUCAAGAAGACGAGUCAAAGCAUCGUGUGACGGAGGAUAUACCAAAUGAAUCAAGCCAAUCAGACUGCCUACAUUACCAAGAAAUCUGGGGACAGCAUGAGAGUCGUGAGCUUAGUUCAGUGGGCUCUGGACAGAGCCAUUCAGAUGAAGAAUAUGAAAAAAUGAAUCAGUUAGUCACAGUCAUGCAGGAUCUUAAAUUGGACAACACCAUUGCUUCCGAUGCAAGAAAUUCUCUCCGGGAUUUAUCCAGUUCACAUCCCUUUUCCACUGUCCCUUCGAUAUACUGUGAUCUCUCAGACAAUUCUGAGCAUGAAAUUCAGAAGGAAUUGAGGUGGCUCAAAGCAAAGCACCAGAUUGAGUUGAGGGAGCUUAGGGAUCAGCAGUUAGGACUUGUCUCAAAAUCUUCAAACAAAGAACACGGGAGAGACAAUGGGAGCUUAUCAUGUCUGGUAUCAAACACCAUGAAAGGGAACAACUAUGACAGAAAUUCAACUUUUAAUUGCCUUCCUAGUCCUAAUAAGAGCUGCCCCAGUUUGGAAACCCAAAGGGUCCGAAAAUGUGAGGCGAUAUUGGAGUGUCCAGAUGCAGAAGAGGAUGAUGUGGGUACUGCCAACAGUUUCUACGCCCAAUCACAGCUGCUUCCACACUCUCUUUGCAGGACAGUUUCUCUCCCCGUUGAUGCUGUUGAUUCGUAAACUUGCAGAGGUACCACAUUUGUAUGCUUUCACCAAGUUCCAUACCAAAAGGACUGACCUUUCUUGACCUAGGGACGUGGCUCUCUGAGGAAAUGUUAUAAUGUAACAAUAUGUAUUAGUAUUUAUAUGAAUUAUGAGGGAAAAUGCAAGUUUUGAGGCCUAUAAGAUUCAUUCUGUUCAAGUCCAA